AUGUCUGGUGAUUCUAAGGGGCAUACUGAAAUCACCGGAGUGCACGCUCUUACCAGUAUUACAAGUGCUGGUUCUCGUACCGAUAUUGCAGCUCAUGAAGUGGACAUUAACGCUCUCAACUCCCAGGACAUAGCUAUUGAAGAUGUUGCCGAGGACCUCACAGCUGAACAAAAAUUCUAUGUGUUGAAGCGUCUUAACUUCGAGCAUUUGGAGUCUCUUGAAGAUUUACCUAUCGCUGCAACCUUCAUGUUGGAGAAGGUAUCGACUUUGUCUGUGGAAGAAUCUUUGGAGAUUUGUAAGGCGUACUUAGAAGAACAUAAGGAUGAUGUUAAUAUUCCAAGCAGUGAGUAUGACUUCAUUGAAACACUUUACAAAUCCGCUCCAGAGUACCUUGCUAGAUCCAGAUUUGAAGGAAAAGGGAAUUUCCCGGAUGAGAAGACUUCUCUGAGCAACGAGAAAGGGUAUUUUGCCGAGAAGACCAACCUGGCUGUUUCUAUUUCCGAUUCACCAAACUCUGAUGUGGAAUCAUCUAUCUUCAGAAUUUUUGACUGGGGCUUCCAAAUCCGUACUGAGGCUGCUAUGAUUGCUUUCCACUCUCCAUACCCUGAGGUUAGAUCUGUUACAAAUCCUUACGAUGAUCCUAAUCUUCCUGUUGAAACAUUGAGAGUGUAUCUCCUUGGUAUCAUUUGGACUGCUGUUGGCUCCUUUGUGAAUCAGUUUUUCUCAGAGAGGCAACCAGCCAUUACUUUGGGAUCUUCUGUUGUUCAGCUUUUGCUUUAUCCUUCCGGUGAAUUAAUGGCAGCUAUCCUUCCUCAUAAAACCUUCAAGAUUUGGAAAUGGUCAUUUGAUUUGAAUCCUGGUCCAUGGAACUACAAGGAGCAAAUGUUGGCCACUAUUUUUUACUCUGUUUCAGCAGGCACUCCCUACGUUUCUUCCAAUAUCCAUGUCCAAAGACUUCCUCACUACUAUAACAAUCAAUGGGUCGACUGGGGAUACCAAAUCUUACUAGUGCUUUCUACCCAAUUCAUGGGAUUCGGAUUUGCUGGGCUUAUCAGAAAAUUUGCUGUUUAUCCCGUUAGAGCUAUGUGGCCCACGCUUUUACCAACCGUUGCAUUAAAUAAAGCUUUGAUGCAAAGAGAAAAGAAAGCAAAUAUAAAUGGUUGGACACUUUCCAGAUACAAUUUCUUCUUUAUUUUCUUUGUUGGUUCGUUUUUGUAUUUCUGGGUUCCCACAUACCUUUUCGAGGCAUUGUCAUAUUUUAACUGGCUCACCUGGAUUGCUCCAGAGAAUUUUACAUUAAACUUGGUCACUGGUCAUCUCUAUGGUUUGGGUUUGAAUCCAAUUCCAACUUUUGAUUGGAACAUCAUUAACACGAAUGCAGCUUUGGUUAUCCCAUUUUACUCUCAGAUUAACCAAUAUAUUGGAACUUUCCUUGGGUUUUUCUGCAUCAUUGGAGUAUACUACUCAAACUAUUAUUGGUCGGCUUAUCUUCCAAUUAAUACCUCUACUUUGUUUAACAACAGGGGUGAGAGAUACCAAGUUAACGAAGUUGUUAAUGAAAGAUCAUUGUUUGAUGCUGAAAAGUACGAAGAAAUCGGACCACCAUUUUAUUCAGCUGCCAACUUGGUUGUCUAUGGUACUUUUUUUGCUAUCUAUCCAUUCGCCUUUAUCUACGAAGUUGCAUUGAAUUGGAGACCAAUGUGGUUCGCCAUCAAAAACAUUGGUAGCUCAUUCAAGAACUUUAGACAAUCAAAUUUCGAAGGUUUCGAUGACCCUCAUACUGUGAUGAUGAAGAAGUACAAGGAGGUUGCAGACUGGGUCUUUCUCGUUGUUUUAGUUGUUUCGAUAGUCUUGGCCAUUAUUUGUGUUCAAGUGUAUCCUGCUGAAACGCCUGUCUGGGGUAUCUUCUUUGCACUUGGAAUGAAUUUGGUUUUCUUGAUUCCUCUCACUGCUAUCCAAGCAACUACAGGAUGGGGAUUUGGUCUUAAUGUCUUGGUUGAAUUAAUCGUUGGUUACGCCUUGCCAGGUAAUGGUCUUGCUUUGAACUUUAUCAAAGCUCUUGGUUAUAACAUCAAUGGCCAGGCUCAGAAUUAUAUCACCGACCAAAAGAUGGGCCACUAUGUCAAGAUACCUCCAAGAGCACUCUUCCGUUGUCAAAUGCUUUCCAUGUUUAUUAACUGUUUUGUUUCAUUAGCUGUGAUGAACUUUAUGAUUGACAAUGUCGAAGACUAUUGCACCCCUCAAAGCAAUCAGAAAUUCUACUGUCCAAGCUCCAACGUUUUCUUCUCUGCAUCGGUAUUAUGGGGUACCAUUGGUCCCAAAAAGGUCUUUGGUGGGCUUUAUCCAUUGCUCGAAUGGUGUUUCUUGAUGGGUGCAGCUGCCACUAUCCCUUGCAUUCUUUUCAAAAAAUUUGGUCCAAAGAAGUAUACUAAAUAUUUCCAGCCCACAUUGAUUAUCGGUGGUAUGUUGGUGUACGCUCCUUAUAACUUGUCGUACUAUACGGCAGGUGUUUACGCUUCGUUUGCUUUUAUGUACUACAUCAGGAAGCACUACCAAGCAUGGUGGGAAAAGUACAACUAUGUUUUAUCGGGAGCUUUGGACGCAGGCGUCGCUUUCAGCAGUAUCAUCAUUUUCUUUGCCGUUCAGUAUAACGAAAAACCACUUGUUUGGUGGGGCAAUACUGUUCCAUACGAAGGAAUUGAAGGUGGUGUUGGUAGACAAACCUUAAAGAAUGUUACAUUAGAGGCACCUGAUGGCUACUUCGGUCCUCGUUUUGGUGACUUUCCUUGA